ACAAAAUUACUGCUUGAAGUUGCAUUGCAGUUUUUUUUUCUUUAUCACCUGGAGCUUUUCUUUCAGCACCACAACAUUGCACUUAGACUUUUUAAAUGGCUGCCUUCCUCUUUGCACUGAAGACCAAUUUCGUCUGCACUUCCAGUUAUUGCUAUUACCUGUAGGACUUUCAAUCCUAUUUCACCCCCCCACCACCACUCCACCCCUUUCUACAAACAAUUUAAAACUAUCUAUUUCUGUGGAAGUCAUUUUUCUCAUUGAAUGAUCAGAAACAAAGAUAAAUUCUAACCUUUAACGGCUCAUUCCGACUCAUUGCUUACAGUAGAUCUAAGCUCUUUUUUCUGCUUAUUCGACUCCUUCCAGCUUCCCAUCACAUCUGUAACAAACUUUUAAAAUAUUGCCACACCACCAUGCACAAGCCUACCUGCACAGUAGAGAUAGAUUAUUCCAUCACAUUCAGAUGGUUAACAGAGGUUAGCAAGUCCUGUAUUUAUAUAUCUAUAUAUUUAUAUCGCUUUCUAAGAAAGUGCAUAUUAAUGUUUACUUUAAAGAAUGUGUAAAUGGUGCUAUCAAGAAAUCUGAUAAAUUUUAUCCCAGUUUUUUGUGUACCACUUCAAAUGUAUGAGAUUUAUUUUUCUAUUGGAAAAAAUAAACAGUCUUAAAGCAUUACAAUUGGUAGAUUUUAGUAAUUUAACAGUGAAUGUAAUCCCUAUGUCACAGUUUCUUUGGCGAUUUUCAUGAUGGGUCACGCAAAACACAGCACACAUAUUGCACAAUUUGAAAUGUACAUUCCCCUUUAAGGGUUUGCCUGUUACAAAAUGUCUAUGUGAUCAGGAAUCUAAGAAUUUGAAACAGACAUGCUUGAAGAAAAGCUGUAUUACUGCAAGAAAGCAUGGGUUGCACACUGGAACUGGUGGUUCUUCAACCGGGCAAAAUCAAUCCCCAUUUAUACGUUUAUUAUGCACAGAGUUCAUACAUGUAAAAUACUGCAUGUUUUGUUUAAGUCUUCAUUAGGACAAAACAAUUAAUAUCUUAAUUAUCUAAUUUCUCUCUUUGAAUCUGCUUGUUUUCUUGUGAGUAUUAAUACACAUAGUUAGCUGCAGUUGUAUAUUGGUGCCAUUUACAUAAUUGGUAAGUAUAAUACUGCAUUUAAAAAUUCUCAGCACAGAACAUACAGCAUGAGGAGUUCAUUGAAAGUUUACAAUACUCAGUUUUACAUAUGAUGUUAGAGUAUGGCCUGUCUCUUACAUGAACCAAGUUGCCAUAAAAACUACAGAUUAAACCAAUUGCCAUUAUUUUUAAAAAAUUAUAAAGAAUGUUUUUAGAUUAGAAAUAUUUGUUGCUUAGGCAUAUAGCAACAACCACAUGGUAUGAUUGUACUUUGCCCAGGUACUCUAGUGAUGGGUGGAAAAUAAAUUUACAGAAAUAUAGAAAUAUUUUGUUGGUUUUAAAAUGCUUAUUACCCUGCAGCUAGAAUAGUGACCAUUACAAAUUGCAGACAUUUAGAUGAUGUUCAUAUGAAAGUACAGACAUGCUGAUACCUUCAAACUGAAAGGUUGAAGAAUGUAGAGCAAAUUGUUCUGAGAAAGCUCUAGAAAAGGACUUAUUUGUAUUUUCCCCCUAAAUAAGCACAUUAUUUAAAUAACAGUGUUUAUAAUAUAAGGAGUUUGGGAUCUGUUUUCACUUUUCAGUUUUAUGAAGGAUACCCAACAAUUAUUUUGAAAAUGAGCUUCAAGAUAUAUAAAAAACUUUUUCUUCUCUAAAAUGGUUUACCUGCCCAUUUAUGUAAACAGGAAGCAGAUCCUGCGUGCACAUUCUCUUGCAUGCACAUAUGUUCAGUUAUGAAUUGGGAAACUUAUGUUGGAUCCUACAUGAUUGAAUAUAUGUGGAGCUAAGGAUCAUGGUACCUUUCAUAAAAAUGAACAGAGAUGGAAGGACUGUUUGAAAUUAAAUGAUGUUCUACUGGUGACAUUACAAUUUAAAGAUGAUUGCUCUGGAGUGCAGAUGAAGACAUAGUCUACAUUGGAGCAGUGGAGUGAUAUGUUUUUUCCCUUGCUGAAAAAAUGGUAACUAAGUGUAAUUAUUUGGGUGUUCCAGUAGUAAACAGCAUUGUUUGCAAUGCUAUCACCAAUAUGAAAAAUGUCUCUCCUAAUGUCUCACCUUGAGGGACAAAACAUCGAAAGCAAAAGAAGUGCUGUAAAUGAAAAUUUUACGUGGCAUCAAGAGGGCAUUGUGCAAUAUAAAACCAGUUUGUAGUGAACUAUGAUUAUUUUUAUAUAUCGUAAUACUAGUAUGAUCCAAAUGAAUUUCUUUAUCAUGGAAUGUUGAAGUGCAAUUUAAGAACAUGUCUAUGUUAUGUAAUGCAACUAAUGCCAUCCACUUGGGAAAGGAAAUUAAAUGUGAAAGUAAUGGUGGCGGGACCAUGUGACACUUUUAAGCAGUGAUCAUUUGUAAGAACUUACAUAUUAAAAUAAUCUUUAAUACUGA